UAACAGCAAAGGGAGGAGGACUUUGGCUAUGCAGCCUGAGUGUUUGCCUUUGCUACUUUACAGGUCAAGUUUCACACUGGGCAACAAGGUAAGAUCAAAACAAACUUAACAGACUGGUCAUGGCUUCCCCCAGCAUUCUCCUGUCAGAAGUGCAGUUUCAGUGUUGCGUCUGUCAGGAUGUUUUCUCUGAGCCAGUCUCCAUCCCCUGUGGUCACAGCUUCUGCUUCACCUGCAUCACCUCACACUGGGACAACAGCCUUGCCAUCAGCUGUCCCAAAUGUCACACAGUCUUUGAGGGCCGUCCAGAGCUUUGUGAAAACUAUUUUGCCAAGGAAAUGUCAGAGCAGAUCCGAGCAAGAAGGCAGAACGGCAUUAUGUCGAUGGUAGGAAAUACCAUAUAUUGUGAUGUGUGCGUCAGGAAGCAAACUGAGGCCUAUAAGUCCUGCCUCGUGUGUCUAACUUCGUACUGUGAGAGUCACCUGGAGCCUCACUUGAGAGUUGCCACCUUGAAGAUUCACAAGCUGAUUGAACCUACUGCAAUGCUGGAGAACAGAAUGUGUAAAAGGCACCAAAGGCUCCUGGAGCUGUAUUGCCGGAGCGACCAGAGGUGUGUGUGUGUGCUGUGCACCGAGACCAACCACCGCUGUCAUGAUACCGUCCCAGUGGAGCGAGAGAGUCAUGAGAAAAAGACUCAGAUGAAAAGGAUCGAGGCUGAUGUUCAGCAGAUGAUCCAGGACAGGCUCCAGAAAGUAGAGGAGAUCAAACACUCUGUGGAGCUCAGCAAAGAAAAUUCAAAGAGGGACAUUGGGGAUAGCAUGGAGGUCUUCUCCGUUCUGUUUCGUUACAUGGAGAAAAGUCAGGCUGAGCUGCUUGACAUGAUCCAGAAGAAGCAGGCAGCAGCAGAACAGAGGGCAGAGAGGCUCAUCGCAGAACUGGAGCUGGAAAUCACUGAGCUGGAGAGGAAGAGAAGUGAGAUGGAGCAGCUCUCUCACUCUGAGGACCACCUCCAUCUUCUGCAGAGGUUUCCAGCUCUGAGUUCUCCUCCAUCUACCAAAGCCUGUUCUGACAUCAUCGUCCAUUCAAACACAUGUCUGGGAACUGUAAGAAGAGCGGUGGCCAACACUGAAGAGCAGCUCCAGUUGGCUUUGAAAAAGCUUUCCAUUCGAGAGCAUGAGAAGAUGCAGCAGUAUGCAGUUGAUGUUCAUCUGGACCCUAGGACAGCCAACCCUUGGCUGGUUCUAUCAGAGGAUGGGAGACAGGUCUGGGAUGGAGAUGUUGAACAGAACCAGAGUGACAUACCAGAGCGUUUUGAUACAGCGCCAUGUGUCCUUGCCACCCAGGGUUUCACCACAGGGAGGCACUACUGGGAGGUGGACGUGGGAGACAAGACCGCCUGGGACUUGGGUGUAGCGCAGCAGUCAGUCAACAGGAAUGGUGUGGUGACGCUGUGCCCAGAGGAUGGCUAUUGGACUGUUUGUUUGAGGAAGGGCAGUGAGUACUGGGCAUGUGCAGGACCGGCAGAGCUGCUGUGUCUUUCUCGGAGGCCGCAGGUUGUUGGGGUGUUUUUGGAUUACGAGGAUGGGACGGUGUCCUUUUAUGAUGCAGAGGCCCAGUCACACAUCUAUUCCUUUACACAGUUCCAAUUCACUGAGGCCAUGUUUCCCUUUUUUAACCCAGAAAUGAGUGACAGCGGAGACAACACAUCACCACUUAUCAUCCGCCCUGUCAGUGGAGUCAAUAGAGGCGGGGAUGUAGAUGAUAUUACAAUAUGAAGUGAAAUGUAUAUACAGUGUCUGUUUUUAUCCCAAGGUUUUUUUGUGUGUGUUUUUUUUUUAAACAGCAUAAAACAGCUGUCUGUGUCAUCUCAAACACUUGUGGUUUUGCUUCACAACUUUCAAACACUGUAUUCUGAAAUCUCUUGUACAGAGAUACGAUUAGUUAUGCUCUUCAUCACCAUUUGAUGUUUCAUUCACAAUAGCUACUUUCACACAUGGAUCAUACAUAUCCUAUUUCCAACUUGCCUCCUUGCCUUAA